CCUGGCCCCGCCGCGCCCGCCUCGGACACCCACGGGAUGGAGGGUCAGCCAGAGCCGCCCGCUUCCUGCUGGACCGCGCCCGGAGCCUCAGCCAGACCGGCGGUUGAGCUUUGUGGAGCGGAGCGAGCGGAGCGGAGGAACCGGCUCGGGCCUACCAAGAGAAGCUUCAUGUGAUGCUGAAGGGGGCCCUCCUGAGAACAGCCCAAACCAGGGAGGAGAUCCUGAAGUGGAGGGGCACAUCCUUCUGCUGCCCCCACCCGCAAGAUGACAGCACAAUUCAUUGCAAUGGAGAAGACCAUCGAGGCCUCUGAGCUGCUGGAGAUGGUGGUGGAGACGGAGGCCGGAGCCGGGGCCCGGGGGCUGAGCGUGGCUGGAGGAGGGAAGGAAGGCCUUUUUGUGAAGGAUGUGCUCAAGGACUCUCCAGCUGCGCGAAUGCUGAGUCUCCAGGAAGGGGAUCAGCUCCUGAGUGCCAGAGUUUACUUUGACAACAUCAAGUAUGAAGAUGCCCUGCAGAUCCUCAAGUGCGCGGAGCCCUACAAGAUCUCCUUCUGCCUGAAACGGGUGGUUCCCAGCACCGACGUCUCUCGCAAGCCCGGAGCCACCGUCUUCGAAGUGAGAGGCCCCAAAGCCAAGAUGGCCAAGCUGAACAUCCAGGCUCUCUCUUCCCUGAAAAGGAAGAAGAAGAAGGAGAGGAGGAGGAGGAGGAUGGUGGCACAGAGCCUGCAGGAGAUGGAGGCCCGCCUGUCAGCCGGGAAGCCGGAGGGGCCUCCGGUGGAUGUGGAAUUCUCCUUCCCCAAGUUCUCCAAGCUGCGCAAGGCCAGGAGUGCUGGGGAGGUGGCCGUGGCUGAAGCGAGCCCAGGCCUUUCGCGGAAGUUGUCCUCCCUGGAGACCAAGCGCCACCGACUGAAGUUCCCCCGGCUGAAGGUCAAGGAAGCCGUUGCGGACGAGGCCCGCCUUGCCAUGGGCCGGCCCCGUGCUCUUCCGGAACCGAAGGAGGCAAGCAGGGGAGAAGGCGAGGGGAAGACCUUCCGAUUCACUCUGCCUUUUUCCAAAGCGAAGAAGCCCAAGGAAGAGGCCGGGGCCAAAGUGGAAAUGGGAUUCCAAGCCCCACAAGUGGAGUUUGCUCUGCCUAGGAUGGGGGCUGGGGAGGAGCCUCGGGAGGCCAGCCCCAAAGGCCAGCGCCUGGCCCUCGCAGCGCCACCCCUCGGCUGGCCCCAAGUGGAGGCUGUCCUGCCCAAAGGGAGCGCCGGUGUGCUGGAGAGCCAGCCAGCUCUUCUCCAGGCCGGGCUGAAGCUCCCUGCCGCCGAAGUGGCAGCUCCCAAGGUGGACGUAGACCUGGCCCUGCCCAGGUUGGAGGGUGCUGCCCCAGAGGCUGCCCCUAAAAGAGAGGGGGGGUUCAGAAUCAAAGUCCCCAAGUUUGGGGUCUCUGCUGAGGAAGCGGAGCUGAAGGUGCCCUUGAUGAAGGCUCCUGCCCUGGAACUGGCCCUGGGAGAAAGCCCCCAAAGGGGGUGGGAGGAGCAGCCGAGAGCCGGCGGGGCGGUGCCUUCUCUGGGCAUGGCGGCUCCUGGUGUGGAUCUAGAGCUCCCCUUUCCCAAAGGGAAGGCGGGCACGGAAAGCCCUGAAAUCCCGGGCAGAGCCUCCUUGGCCAGGGUACCCCAGCUGGGCUCCAAGGCCCAAGGAGGAGGAGCAGGCAAACUGGCCCAGGUGGAACUCAGCCUGGGGGCCCCGGGAGGUUCCAGGGCAAACGAGGCGAAGGGCUCCAUAAUUCAGCUGCCCGGCCUGGAGAUUUCCCUGAGGGAGCAGCCUUUGGAGAGCCGAGAGGCAGCUGGGGUGGCAGGGGCUACGCGGGUGAAGCUCCCUGAGGUGAGGGUGCCCUCCCUUGACAUCUCUGCCCCCAAAGUCCAGGAGAUGCAUCUUUGCAAGGUUGUGGGGGAACCGGCUGCCCCUUCUGGAAGGGCUAAACCCAAGGAGGCUGCCGAAGGGGCUGGAGGUAAGUUUCAAAUGCCUCAAAUAUCCCUCCCAAAACUUGAUUUCCCUGCCAAGGAAGCCCCCUCCCGACCUCCAGUCCAGGUCAAAAUGCUGAAACCAGAAGGGGACGCGGGAAUGAAGGUCGGCCUCCCAAAGGUGGAUGUUUCCUUGCUGGCAAUAAAGGUGCCAGGUUUGCAACUUCCUAAGGUACCAAAGCCAGAGCUGGGCAUCUCUGUUGAGAGGCCAGAGGUGGAGAUGACCGCCCCUCCAGCCCCACUGAGCUUCCCAUCCGCAACUGUCCCUGCGCUGGAUAUUCAGCUGCCGAAAGUUGGGGUCGGGCUGGAUUUGGCACAGUGUGAAAGAGACGUUUCUGAGCAGGGACCUGAGGCCCAGAAGGCCACCUUGGAGACCCUGAGCAAAGACCUGGAGGUGGAAAUCGGUCUCCCGAAGUGUCUGGUCAGCCAGCCUGGGCUGGAGCCAGGGAUGGGGAGCAUCAAAGGACCGGCUCUGGCUGGGAUGGCGGCCAAAUUCCCAAAGUUGGACCUUGCCUUUGAGAAACGUCCAGAAGAAACCGAAGGGCCAGAAGGAGUCAAGAUGAAGCUGCCAAGUGUAGAGAUCCCACCAAUAGGUUUUCCAGAGAAGACUGCUGAGAGUCAGGUCAAGGCGAAAACCUCUCGAUUUGCCCUGUCCAAAUUCAGCAUUUCAGGCCCCAAAGUCUGGAGCAAAAUGAGCCCAGAGAUUUCGGCGUCUGGAGUGGAGGGCAGAGAAGCUGCCGACCUGGGUUCAAAGCUGAAAUUGCCAAAGUUUGGGAUAUCUUUGCCUAAAUCAAAAUGGGAAGCAGAGGCAGAAGAUGCCAAAUUAGCCCGUGAGGUUGGAGGGGAAGCGCCCAAGGAAAGGCUCGGCCAAAGGACGGGGAGCAGAAUGGGCCUACCCUUGGUGGAGGUGGUGGACAUUGGCUGCCCACAAGGCACGGAAGGCUGGGCUGGCGGGGACAGGGAGGGAACCUCUCCGGAACUCCUCGGGGUCCAGUUUAAAGAGCCAAAACUAUCCCUGCUGAGCUUUGGGGGCAAAGGCGAGGAAGAAGAGCGGGGCGCCCUAGAGAGUGAGGAGGUGAAGCUGCAAGGGAGAAAGGGGGGCCUGAGAGGGCAGCCGGAGCCCAGGAUGUUGGAGAAGGAGGCCAAGGCCUCCAAGUUCAGGAUAGCGUCUUUGGGCCUCAUGGGGAGAGAAGGGGAGGCCAAAGCCAAGAAGGCCCCUGGGAGUCCGAAGGAGAAGCCGAAGGGCCCAUUUGGGAAGAUGCCCCAGCUGAAGCUUUCCUCUCUGAAGGCCCAAGGAGAGAGAAGGAAGGCCCACCUUCUAGCUCCAGAGCUGGAUGAGAAAGCCCUCCCCCAGGUAGAGUUGCCAAAGCUUGCAGGGCUGAUCCCAGGGCCGGAGAGCCCCGGGUUCAGAGUUCAGGUCCCAUCGGUGGAGAUCGCUGGGCCAAGUUCCAAAGCUGAAGUGGGGGCAAGCGUGGCGAAACGGGCGGGAGAUGCUGCCAAGGCAGAGCGCCAGCAGCAGGAGGGGGAGCUUAAGAGGCCCAGAGCGCCUCCCAUCCAGGUGUCUGCUCCCACAUUAGAGCUGGACAUUGCUUUGCCCAUGGCUUGCAAAGAAGAGGGCGUUCUCCAGGCAGCCGCAGGUGCCAAGGUCAGGCUGCCAAAGGUGGAGCUGGCAAAACUUGGGAAGGGUGAGGAGGAGGAAGAGGCAGAGGCGGCCAUGCAGUUGCUGGGGAAGGGAGGAGAGAAAGACCUAGACGGGGUGGCUGAAGCCUCUGCCCUGGGCACCAAGGUACGGCUGCCCAAAGUGGACAUUUCCUUGGCCAAGGCCUGGCUGCCAGAGGCGGAGGAUCUUGGCCUGGAAGGGCCAGAAGCAAAGGUCAAGAUGCCUUCGAUGGGGCUGUCGAAACUCAGCGCCCCAAAAAUGAAGGCUCCCGAGCUGGAGCUUGAUAUGGGUUUGGAUGGGGGAGGGGUGGUGCCCAAAGUCACAGUGGGCCCUCCUUCCGUGAAGUGGCCUACAUUUGGGGGCCUGGGCUCAGCGGGGGAUGGGCAGGGCGAGGAGGAUUUGCCCCGGGUCCCGCAACUGGAGUUGAAGCCUCCCAAACUCAGAGGAAGCGCAGAUGCCUUGGACUCCGAAACGGGGGCGAAAGAGAGCUGGCUAAAGGUGCCCGCUCUGCCUCUCGGCCUCGGCAAGCUGGAAACAGAAGCUGGGAUGGGAACCGAGGGGAGCAGAUUCAGGCUGAAGCUCCCAUCACUCAGUGUCUCCAAGCCGGAGGCCGAGUUGAGCCUGGAUGCCCAGCCCCUCUGCCCCCCUGCCGAGGAGGCAGCGCCUGCCUUCAGGAUUGCUUUGCUGGAUGUCAGCUUCUCUGGGGAUCAGGAGAGGAGAGAGAAGGCCAAGUCGGCAGGGGCAACGGAGGUGGGGCUGGAGGGCAUGCUGAAGAUGCCCAAAAUCGGUAUUGCUGCAUGUGAGGCAGAAGGCACCAAGGGGGGCAUAGAGAGCGCUACUUCUCCAGGCCAGAGGGCUGUGGGUGGGGGGGAGCCAGAAGGGAAGAAAUCAGUUUUUAAGGUCCCUGGCUUGGAAAUUUCUGCUCCAAGUCUCAAACCUCAGGCUGAAUAUGAGGUGGGGGGCCCCCACAUGUGGCAGAGGGGGUCCUUGGAUCUGGAAGGCGCAGACAGGGAGGGCUGGAAGCGGACAGACGGCCACUCGGAUUCAGGGAAGUGGCACCGGGUGAAGAUACCCACGCUUGGCCUCUUCCUGCCCAGGGCAGGGCUGGGGGCUCCCGGGGGCCUUGUGGAGCAGGAGGCGGAAGCCAAGGGGGGCCUCCUGGCCUUGGGGUGGCCCAAGGAGAAGGAAGGGUCCGCUGGGCUCCUGGGAAGGGAAGAGGGGUGCCAGGACAAAGCUGUCAAACUCAAGCUGAGGUCCCCCUUCGGGGUCUCCCUCUCCAGGCCCAAGGGCAACGCCGAAGUCAACGGGGAAGCAGAGAAGGCCUCCCCAAGGCUGAAGGGGCCCAGGCAGGGCUUCUCGAAGGCGGAGGACACCGCCCAGCUCCAGGGAGAGAGGGUGGAGGUGCUGCUCCAGGAUGGGACGAGCAAGUUGGGGAAGCUGCCCCAGGUAGAACUCCUGUCUCCCUCUAAGGGGGCCGAGAACGACCCAGAGCUGAGCGUCCAGCUGGUGAAGGCCGAGGAGGCCAAGGCGGAGGCCCCCCAUGGCACCACUGCUGCCACCGCCCUCAAGGCUGCCAAAUUCAAGCCCCCCAGGAUCACCCUCUCUGGCUUCAAGAAGCGCAAUGGGGGGGUGGCCCCCGAGGCCGUAGCUGCAGCCGUGCCCCAAGCAGGGGGGGCAUCUUUGAAAACAACCUUCAAAGGGGACCCGUCCAGCAAGUUCAGGUUUCCAAAAGUGGCAUUAAGCUCCAGAUCCCAAGAGGUGCUGGAGAUCUCUGAGCACCAGCAGGACCAGGGCAGACCAGGGGGCAACUUCAGGCUUCCUGCUGUGGCUUUCUCUGCAGAGAGUGGCCCCCAGGAGGGAGAGCCCCCUCCCAGGAAGCCUCUGGAAAAGGAGGCGCUCUGAAUGGAGGUGCUCCCCAGCCUGGCUCACACCAUGUAAGGUCCAGUACUAACAGCGGGGGGGGGGGCAUGCCUUGGCAGAGGGAGGGGGCUGGUUGGCACAGGUGUAGAGCCGCCUCUCCGAUGGCCCUCCCGUUUUAACUGCCCCCACAGCCUUCCUCCUUUGCUCCGGGGCUGCGCCUUAAACGAGGAAGCCAGCCCAGGAAGGGAUGCAGACCUGGCAAACCCAUCAGACGCUGCCCCCUGCCUCCCGGGCACAGGCUGCAUUUGGGACAAAGGACCGGCCUUCCUUUUUCCAUGAGAAGACAGCCUCGCUCCCCAGCUCCUUUGAUGAGACUAAUUGUGGGUGGGUGGGUGAAGCUUUGAGUGGGGAAGCAGCUGGGGCUGUUCCAUGGGAUGAGCAAAAGGGACCCGCAGGGCAGGUGACCGCGCUCAGGGGCAGGGCACACCUCACCUGGAGGCUGCAAACAAGGGGACGCCCCUCACCUGGAGGACUGGUGGGAGACGCGCCUGCG